UUUUAAUGACAAGUAGUACUUCUACAUCAUUAAUUAAUAAAAGAAAAAAAUUUAUAUCAUUGAUAUCACAGCAACAAAUAAUUGAACCACUAACAAUAAGAUUACUAGUAAUAGAAGAAUUAGAAACUUACUUGUCUUUACCAAUUAUUGAAAGUGGAACAAGUAUUUCUUGUGAAGAGGUUUUUUCUAUUGCAUCAAUAACAAUUUCAAAGCUUUAUAAUUGUCUCGAUCCUGAAACUGCUUGUGCAUUACUCUGUUUAAAAUACUGGAUGAAAAAUGAU